AAAUGAUGUUCGACUUGUGAAUGGUAAGUAACCGUUGACUUGAUCACAUCUUUUACAUUAUAGAAUAAGUUUUAUAAAUGCAUAUGUAUCCUUCAUAUAUCACCGUACAUUUCUACAAAAGCAUCUUAUUCAUAAAUUAAUCUUUUGAGCAACUUGUGCAAUAACAAGGAAAGUUAGCAUGCGGCUACCGUGACUCACGGUCCGUGAGCGUACAAGGAAAAUGCUUUUCAGUUAAAAUUUGAGAAAAAUUACCUAAAAGAAAUUUAGUUUACUCGCCCACAAACAUUUAAUUUGACGUCGCGUUAAGAUGGCUGAACAAUUAGACGUUGGGAGAGCUGAGCCAGAACUAGAUAAGGAGUCCAUCCAAAGUGGGAGUGGAAGCUGUGUUUUUAACCAAUCAGAAGAAAGCAGUGGAGGACAUGUCAGUGCAUUGGUGAAAACAGCAUCACCGGAACCAACUUGCGUUAAGAUGGCUAAACAAUCGGAGCCAGAACUUGAUAAGGAGCCCAUACAAAGUGUGAGUGGAAGCUGUGUUUUUGACCAAUCAGAAGAAAGCAGUGGAGGACAUGUCAGUGCAUUGGUGGAAACAGCAUCACCGGAACCGUUAACUUUGGAGUUGAUGGACUUCGUUGGUUCCUUUCCUGAAGAAGUGACAGAUAUGAUUUUAACACUUCUGUCGGCAAAUGAUCUGGAAAAUUGUAGCAGUGUGAGCCAGCUUUGGAGCAGCACAAUCAAACGUUUUCAGCUACAACAAAUAUCGCGUUUGAAAUACAAUUGGGAAAACGGAAAAUACUCUGUCCACUGUUUUCCCAUAAGUAACGAGAUUUCAUAUUCAUAUGUUUUAGGCGUCGAUGAACUUGCUUCCAAUUACCGUUAUGACCAAUGCCCCUACUUCUUCGCAUAUGGCACCGAAGACGGAUUUCUCUGCCGACCAAUUUUUUCUGUAGUUCAUAUCGAUGCAGAGUUGAGAAAGAAAUGUUCAAAUAAUUUCCAAUCCGCUGGUUUCUUCUGUCGCGUAGAUGAAGUAGAUGAAGUAUGUAUCAUGGGAGGAUCUAUAAUGUGGACUAGUGUUAAUGAAUCUUCGGGAGCAUUAUAUUACUACAAUGCCUUACUAGAGCCUGACACUGAAAUGAAAACUAUUGAUAGAUGGAACUUUUCUAAUCCGAAUGACAUUUGGAAACCCAUUUUCCUGAAAAUGGAUAGUAACUACAUAGUUUUUUCAUACAAAAAGCGAUAUGUGAAAGCUUGGUGUAAACAUACUCUUGAACUAAAAUUCGAGCAGAAGUGCCGUGAUGAUGCUUUACAGCAGAUUAGUUUAUUUGAUGGUUGUCUAGUCAUCUCGUACACAUUCAAAGCUGAGUCUACUUCUGUCAUCGAAAUUCACAACUUGAAAAGUGAUUCGAACAAUGGGUCCACACUCAAACACACUUUCACUGUUGAUGGACAAGUUGUAAGCCUGUAUUCAAACAGGCAUUUCAUUUUCCUGAGUUUUAAAUUUGAGUACAAAUUCAUUCAAGUAUUCAGUAAACAGAGUUUCUCCCAAAUCUAUUCUUACAAUUAUGUUUCACCAUUCCAUAUUGCUCAUUAUAAGACUCAUCGUUGUAGAAUUGAAAGUGUACAUGCUAAUUAUAUAGUUGUGAAUGAUGGUCCCAAAUGUGAAAGAUACAGAAUAUUGAAUCUAGUCACUAAGAAGAUGUUUUACAUUCCAUCUUAUGCCGAAAAACUGUGGCCUGUGUUUGAUAAUAUUGCUGUGAUUCAUAAUUGCUUUGACAAAAGUCUUCAAGUUUUUGACUGGGAAAGGAAUACACAACUGCUUACUUUGGCAAUCCCUAAGCAAAUAAGUGACAAAUAUGUCGUUGUUGGUGUGACGGGGUUGAGAAUUAUAAUUCUUGAUACUUCUUCCAAUCAAGUAGUAGUAUUCAAGUUUGGGUAGGCUGAAGUGGAGGAUAACUCUGGUAUGCUGUUGAUUCUGUGAAUGUUAACAAUGAUUGAAGAAUCAAAAUUAGCCUAUGUCUGUUGUAGAAAAAUUGUAUUGAUAUCUUGCCUUUAUCACUUAUUGCUAUGAUCCUUCAUCCUUGUCUGUUGUAGAAAAAUUAUAUUAAUAUCUUGCAUUUAUUACUCGUCAUUGCUCUGAUCCUUGUAUUCAACAUUGUUCUUGUGAGAUUUAGUUUUGUGUGUUGUUGUUUCAGUGAAUGUUAACUUUGAUUAUGAUUCAAAAUAAUGUCUAUCAUAUCAACUUGAUUUGUUUCUUGUCAUUAAUUGCUCUGAUUGUAGGAUUCGGUGUUGUUUUGAAAUCAUUCGGACAUGAUUUCGUAUUUAUGUGUAAUUCUCCCAAGAAUGAAAUCCAAAUGUGUUAGGCUGGCCACUAACGGUAGGACAUGCAUGCACACACACACACACACACACAUGUCCAUCAUGCAUGUCUUAUCAUCAGCGAGAGGCUUCUAACAUAAAAUAAACCAUCAAUAAAUUAAUCACUGGAAAAUUACAAAUUAUAAUUAUUUUAAAAAUAGUUUAACCUCAAAUAGAGUAGCAAAGAAAAAAUAAAUAACAAUAAAUCAGAGAUACAGAAACCUAACCUCAAUCAUUUUUGCUCCAAGUCUUUCCCUGUGAAGAAUGACACAACAAUGUAUGCCGACAUGGGUAUCAUGCAUGUUCAUCAUGCAUUUCCUGUCUCGUUAGUGACCCACCCUAACAAAAGAAGAAAGCAUUUUUGAACUUUUGUCUUCCAAUAUAGGUUUUCAGGUUCUUUUUUAUUUAUUCAAUUUGACUGUUGUACUCCUACUACUCCAAAUCUUCUAAAUGUCUUAUAUACUGGAAUAAUAAUUUGAUCUGUGCUACUUUGGUGGCUGUAUAUCUGUAUUGAAUGGUUUGUCAACUGUGGUUUUAUUUUCUCAUAUACUUUUCUUCUUCAUGAGAUGUGGAGGGUUAUUGAUUAAUGUGCUUUUCUCCACAAACGUAGCUUAUCAAGAUGAAUAUCAUAACAACUCCGACCACUGUUAAAAAACAAGGAAAUCCUUAUUCAAAAUUUUGUUUGUCAAAACUUAAUUAAUGUUUUUGUCAACAGGGAUUCAUUCCCUGAUAGACCUGGUCAUCAUAGAUUGUGUGGAAGGUUAUCAUAAGAAGGUUCCUGUAGCUUCCAAAAAAUAUAUUAUGUUGUCAGGGUGAAUAUUCCUACUACUAUUACAAAUGUUGUUGAAAAUAUCAAGACCGUCUUUCCUCAAAAAGCCAUCAUUAUUCAAAUUUCUAACAGUUUUUCAGCUAAUCAUCGGACUGAUGGUACAUAUUCAUUGAAAUGAAAGAAAAUGGAACAAUUGUUCUCAAUCAAAGCAAACCAGUAUUUCUCAACCUAAUACCUCCUAUUCUGGAUGGUUUGGAAGUAGAACAUUUUGUACUAUACAAAUAGUUCAAUAAUUUUCUAAUCAAUGCGUAUCAAUUCAUAUUGCAUCGAUUCUCAAUUGAAACACUGUGUUGUCCUAUUGUGAAGAUUAUUGAUUGAUAAUAUCUCCAUUUUAAAUGGAUAUUGAGCUUUGAAAUUUCUUCCCGAACAAGUUUUUAAAGCGACUAGAGUUGUAGUUUCUCUCAUAUCACAGAAUCACCUCCAUUAACUACCCAAGUGCAUCAAUAUUGUGUGAACAUCACUCCAAUAAAAUGAUAAUUUAUACACAAUGAUUGUUCAAAAUGACUUUUUCAAUGUGUUGAUAACGGUUGUAUAAACCGUGAGAUAAUUAGCUUUGUUGUUUCUUUUUUGACAGGAUAAGUUUCGAGUCAAUGGACUUCGUUGGUUCCUUUCCUGAAGAAGUGACAGAUAUGAUUUUGUCACUUCUGUCGUCAAAUGAUCUGGAAAAGUGUAGCAGUGUGAGCCAGCUUUGGAGCAGCACAAUCAAACGUUUUCAGAAACGACAAAUAUCGCGUUUGAAAUCUAAUUGGGAAAAUGGAAAAUACUCUGUUCAUUGUUUUCCCAUAAGUAACGAGUUUUCAUAUUUAAAAGUUUUUGGCGUCGUCGAUGAACUUGCUUCCAAUUACCCUUAUGACCAAUGCCCCUACUUCUUUGCAUAUGCGACCGAAAAAGGAGUUAGACAACCAAUUUAUUUUUCUGUAGUUCAAAUUGAUGCAGAGUUGAGGAAGACAAUCAAUCAUUUUCAAUACACUGGUUUCGAUCACAUAAAUGAAUUAUGUAUCAUGGGAGGAUCUAUAAUUUGGAUUAGUUUUGAUAAAUCUUUAGCAGCAUUGCAUUACUACAAUGCCUUACUAGCGCCUAACACUGAAAUGAAAACUAUUGAUAGAUGGAAUACGGAUCACAUUAUUGGUAGAUCUAUUUCCCCGAAAAUGGAUAGAAACUACAUAGCUGUUUCAAAUAAUAAGCGAUAUGUGAAAGCUUGGUGUAUACAUACUCUUGAACUAAAAUUCGAGCAGAAGUACCAUGCCUUUUAUUCACAGCAUAUUAGUUUAUUUGAUGGUUGUCUGGUCAUCUCGAACUCAUUCGAUGCUGAGCCUAAUUCUGUAAUUGAAAUUCACAACUUGAAAAGAAACAAUGGGUCCACACUCAAAUACACUCUCUCUGUUGAUGGAGGAGUUGAAAGCCUGCAUUCAAACAGGCAUUUCAUUUACCUGAUUUUCAAAUGUGGUUACAAAUUCAUCCAAGUAAUCAGUAAACAGAGUUACUCCAUCAUCUUUUCCCACAAGUAUGACUCAUUUUUUCCUCGUGAAAUUCAACGUGCACAUGAUGAUUAUAUAGUUGUUAAAGAAGUUUUCAAACAUAAAUACAGAAUAUUGAAUCUAGUCACAGGAAAGUGGUCAGACAUUCCAUAUAACGCCGUAAAACUGUGGACUGUGUUUGAUAAUAUUGCUGUGAUUCGCAAUCUGUCUGACAAAGCACUUCAAGUUUUUGACUGGGAAAGGAAUACCCAACUGCUUACUUUGGCAAUCCCUGAUCAAAUAAGUGACGAAUAUGUCGUUGCUAGUGUGACUGAGAUGAGAAUUGUAAUUGUUGAUACCUCUUCCAAUCAAGUAGUAGUAUUCAAGUUUGGCUGAAGUGGAGGAUAACUCUGGUUUGCUGUUGAUUCUGUGAAUUUAAUAAUAUAGGUUUUUAGGUAUUUUUUUACUCUAAUUGUAUAUGACAGUAGUGGGCCUACUACUCCAAAUCUUCUGAAUGUCUUAUAUUCUGGAAUAAUAAUUUGAUCUGUGCUACUUUGGUGGCUGUAUAUCUGUAUUGAAUGGUUUGUCAAUUGUGGUUUUAUUUUCUCAUACACUUUUCUUCUUCAUGAGAUGUGGAGGGCUAUUGAUAAAUGUGCUUUUCUCUCCACCAAAACGUAACUUAGAUCUCAACAACUCGUACCAAUGUUCUUAAAAAACGAGGAAUCCUUAAUCGAAAUUUCGUUAGUCAUAAUAACUUAAUGCUUUACUGCUGAUUUGUCACUCUUAUAUGUCUCUAUUCAGCUUGGCUCUCAUUUCCAUUAAAUGGAUAGACUGUUGUAAUGUUUUGUUGUGGAAAGUUUAGAGGUGAAGUAUUGUGUCGUCCUGUUGUGCUACAUACAGCUUGAAGUCAUCUCCAUUCAAAAACAGUUAAGAUCUACAAAAUCUCAUCCAAAUACUCUGGUCUGGAACUAGAUUGAAACUGUAGCUUGUCUCGUCUCACAGAAUGGCUUCAUUACCUAACCUCAAGCCUAGAUCCUUAGUGCCCAUUAUACUCCUUGCACUGCCUUUUCUAUUAAAUCAUAAUAUUUUUGCAUCUACCUACAUCAGUUUUAUGAGAUAAUUAUCUUUUUUUGACAAGAUUACUUUGGAGACAAUGGAUUUUGUAGCUUCCUUCCCACAAGAAUUGACAGAUAUGAUCUUGUCACAUCUAACAGCGAGUGAUCUGGAAUAUUGUAGCGAUGUUAGUCAGAUGUGGAGUAGGGCAAUCAAAAUUUACACACAAAGGCAAUAUGCACAACUAAAAUAUAAUUGGGAAAAUGGAAUAUACUCUGUCCAUCGUUUGUCAAUCAGUGAUGAUUUUGAGUGUGCCCAGGUUCCUACUAUAGAAGUACUUCCGUCAAAUUUUAAUCAUGAUCAGUGCCUCUUUUACCCUGUAUUUAUGGCCAAAAAAGGAACUCGUAUCCCGUUUCAUUUUUGUUUGAUACGUAUUGAUGCAGAGUUAAGAAAAACGAUAGAUUUUCUAUUUGAAAUUCAUCCCCCAUACAACAUACAGAAUGUUUGUGUCAUGAAUGGCUGGAAUCUUUCGGAACUGUGAAAUACUAUAAUGCCACCCUGGGGUCGAAUAGUGAAGUCGAAACUUUUGAAAAAGACAAUCAUGCCAUUCCAAAUGACAGUUCUUUCACAACGGACAGAGAACACAUUGUCGUAUCAACAAUAGGAUUACCUGAAAGUUUGGUGCAAACAGUCACAUGAAUCAAUAUGAGUCAACAUGAAUCAAUCCAAGUGCAAUAAAUCCUCUGUACAAAAGAUAAGUUUAUGCAAUGGUUGCCUAAUCAUUCAAUGCUGGAAUAAAAUCUGGAAUUGAAAUUCACAACUUGACAAAUGAUGCAAACAGUACACUCAAACACACUUUUACCUCUCUUGUUUGCCGAGUGCAGGAUCUGCAUUCAAACAAGCGCUUCAUUUUUCUUAGUAUUAAAAUGCACCAUAACUACAUCCUAGUACACGAUAAACAGAGUUAUGCCAUCAUCUAUUUUCCUAAGUAUGAUUCAUCCAAGCCUUGUACAAUAAAUUAUGCCUAUGAUGAUUUCAUUUUUGUCAAAGAAUUUCUGAAAAACAGUUAUAGAAUUUUGACUCUUGCUUCAGGAGAAUGGCUUACAGUUUCAUCUUGACGAAAAAAUUGUACACUGUGUUUGAGAAUAUUUCUGUGAGUUGCUCUCUAUUUGACAAUACACUACAUGUUUUGGACUGGAAACGAGAUGCUGAACUGUUCACUUUGGGAAAUCCCGAGCCAAAUAAAUGUGAUUUUUCGUUCCCAAGUACUCAUGAUGUUGUUACUGUGAGUGAGUUUAGAAUUGUAGUUUUUGAUUUGCUUUCUGAUCAAUUCAUUGUUUAUAAGUUUGGGUAGAAGCAACUGGGAUAAAAUCACUCCAGUCAUCAUACCUACUUGAUUAUUUAUGUCCUUAAUUUUUUAUAUAUUGCUCUGAUUGCUGAAUUAAGGUUGUUCAUAACUUCCCCACACCUGUGAGUUACAAAAAAUAGUAGGCUCAUGCAUAGAAUUCUCAGGUUUCAUAAAAUAAUAGGUUCAUGAAUAGAAUUCGCAAUCUAUUUUUGUACUACUAUUUUAUUUAUCUAUGUAAUGUACUAUUGUUCUUGAAUAUGGGUUCUUAGGCUCAGACCCCAAUAUUCAGUUUUGACUGUAGUGCAUUGUCACAUCUUCUUAUACUUGAAUAAUAUUUGCAAGUGCAGUAGAGUAAAGUAUCAUAGAUAAUCCGCAUCAAUUGGGACCUCUUGGGACUCUUGGAAAGAGGUCAGAGCAUGAUAAAAUAUGAUGCAUUGCACAAUAUGGCCUAUUGAGUGAUAUUGAUUGGUAUGAAUACUUUAGUAGGCUAUAAUAGCCUAGUCAUUUUUAAACUAACUGAUGCUCGCCUCUGACCUGUAAUAAUAAGUACUAAAUCAAAAUAUUAGGGCUUCUAGAGAUAAGGUUGUUAGAACUAGAUUGGAUUCUUUAAAUUUAAUGUACGGUACUUGUAUUUUUUUGAUCUAUUUUGUAUUUUCCAAAUUAUUUUGUACUCUGAUUUUCAAAUGUAAAUUUGAGACUGUAUAUGACUGUUCCAUAAUUAUUAACAUUGUUAUUGUCUUGACCUCUCCAUUGAACCUUGAUUGGAAUGGGGUCCCAUCCACAUUAUUGUAAUUAUUGAAAAAGGAGGUAGAACACGUGCACUAUUUGAGAAAAACAAUUUAAAGUAGUAUAUUUUCCAUGGGUAGGUGUAGGGAAGGGUCUAAAAUAAGAUAAAAAGGAUAAGAUAUAAAAAGUAAUUAUAACAUUUUGUUAUUUAGUCCUUUUUCAUUAAUUUUGACACCAGAGAAUAAAUAGCCUUAGUGUGGUCUUAUCAAUGAUAUAAAGGGUACCAACUGUUUUAUUUUACAAUAUAAUAGGCUUUAUUAUAAAAGAGAUGAAAGAUUGAAAUGAGUGAUGAACUAUAAUGUAGAAAUAAUUAAUAUUGUUGAUCACUGUUCAAAUUGUACUAGUAGUGUAUAUAAUCUAGUUUAUAGUAUUUUGUAACAGUCCAUAUUUGUGAUUUUAAAAAAGAGACAUUAUUUUUGUUAAUAUACCUGAUAGUGUUUAAUAUCAUGUUCGUAUUAUAAGGUAUUGGAUAUGAUUUACUUAUGUGAUAUCUUGUAAAAAUGUUAUGCGUGUGUUUGAAUUCUACAUAAAUGUAUCUAAUGUUUACAUUGUUUUCUAGUUAAGUUGAAAAUACCAAAAUUUUUAAUAAUUUGAUAAUUUAAUUUUUAGAAGUUUUUUGCACUGAGAAUAUGCUUUAUGAAGAUUAAUAACAUUUUUGUUGAUAUUCUAAAGUGGUCCUUGAGGGAUGAGAGGGGAAAGAAGGAUGUGGGGAAGAAAAAAGAAUGUCACUAAUUUUCAAAACUUGAUUUAAUGUCAUCUUGUAGUCAUUGAUGAAAACUAUUGCUUGACGAUAUUUCAAGGCCUGUAUUUAUUCUAAUAAUGGAAAAUGUGAAAAUUUAUCAUCAUUAUUCUUCAUUUGUUAUUAACGAAGACUAUUGUUUGAAAACCGAAGGCAAAAUAUUUGUUAUUUCUACUCGAAUUAUAUGCAUUGUCUAUGAGUAAAUUAAUAAACUUGACGAAUUCUGUAAUUCACACAUAAGGAGGGCCAUGUAAUAACAUACUUAUUUCAUACUACCUUUUUUAAAUAAUAAAAAAUGUUCUUUCUCUUUCAAUCAAACCCGAAUACUGUGAUAUUAAAUUUUAUUGGAUCAGGAUUCACAAUUAAAUUUUCUAUUACACUCUACAAUAAAAUCCAUUAGUGAAGUUUUGAUUCGAAAGUAAAAUGUUUAAUCUGCGGUUACAUCAAACUUAAUCCUUAUAGAUUCUAUUAGAUUGAACAUAACUUAUCAUACACAUGAUGAACAUAUGUGUUUGUCAAGUUCCGUUCAAUCUAAUAGAAUCUAUAAGGAUUAAGUUAUUAACAUUUUGUUGAUAACUUUGGUGUAAACGCAGCUUUAGUUGGGUAUUGUGUUUGUAAACAAUCUAAUAUUAAACUAAUUAACAAUUAUUAUUAAACUAAUAUCUUUGAACAAUUCUUAAUACUAUUGAAUAUAAGAAACAGUUUUCGUGUUUUUUUUAAUAAAAUUAUAUUUUUUGUAUCAGUUUUGUUUUGUAACAUGUGCAUUAGUAGAAAGAAAAUUAUGUAAUUAUUUUAGUGGUGCCAUUUUAGUAGGCCUGCUAUAUUAUGGUGCUUUGUAUAGCUAUAUAUUUAUCGUCUAUCAGUAAGUUUGAUAUUUACUGUAUUCUUAUAAAUUAGCCUACAUUAAAAUAAUCAUUGUUUCCAAUUCACUGAAUAUGUUAGUAAAAUGUCUUAAUAGAAUACAUGAAACCUUAGGCUCUGUACAUACAGAAAGCAACUACAUCCAUACAUUAUGAAAGAGAAACUCAUAGUUGCUAUCAACAAGAUGCCGUAUUGCCGAUGUCAUAUUGAUCUAGUAUAGCAACUAUUAAUUUUAAGUUAUAACUAAAACCAGUAAAAUGUGAAGGCCACAUGAUCCUUUCUGUGAUUUUUUAUCUGAGGGUGAUAAUCUUAUUCAUCUCCCUCAUCUGCAUUUAUUCUAUUAUAAUUUUUUUUUGUUUUGUAUCAAUUCUCGAUUAUUUUAUACGUGUUAAAAAUACUCUAUGUAUGUAAUCUCAUGUUGAUGUUCUUUUCUGUACAUAUUCUGCAUUACCUCCUUUAUCAUGAGAUUGCUUAAUAGAUUGUUUCGAUAGGAAUUAUUGCUGAAGUAGAGAUCGUGAAUAUUUAUGUUCAUUGUUGCAUUCAUAAAAUCAUCUACAUAUG